AUAACAUUAAAAUUUAUCAAAAUUGAUAAAAAUGUGUGAUGAUUAACAACGAGAUAUCAUCAGAGACUUUGAUCAGCGACAUUUUAUUUGAUGUUGUCAACUUCCUGCGGGUCUGGAUAUGCAAGGCAAUACACAUGAUUUAACACUUUGACAAUUUAAUCAUUUAAGGACAAUUAAACAUGAAAAUGCGGUGAAGUCUCUCAAUUCCUGAAUGAUUAAAACGACAAUUAUCAAUAUAAACCAGUUAUGGAAUAGUCAGUAAACCUUGAUCAGACUGAAACUUAAACACAACAGAAACCAGACUCCAGACUCCACCAUGAAGUUUACUUUUCUACACACAAUAGACAAGGCCUAUGCAGGGAUAGCCAUUGUCAUGUCAACAUUAUCCAUAUUGUCUUGUCUCAUUAUUAUCACUGUCCUCAUAUCUUGUAAAUCAGUGCGUACUAAUGGACGAACUUUGUUGAUUUGUCUGACAGUGGCUAACUUAGUGUCCUGUGUUGGUAGUAUUGUGGCUGCGGGGGUAUCGGUGUUCACACCAGAACUAACAUGGAGUAAUUUCCCCGUCUGUGCCGCUGCUAGCGCAAUCUCUAUAGUGUCUAAUGUGUGUGCCUAUCUGUGGACAUGUGCUAUAAGUUUAUAUGUUUAUCUGUGCAUCAGCUGGAAGAAAGACGUUCUUGCCGAUAAACUGAGAGGGGUUUUUCAUCUUGUCUGCUGGGGAUUUCCAGUGGCCGUAAUGGUAAUAGCCACUGCCUCAGAUGUGAUAGGGUUUAACUUUGGGAAAGCAAAGGUUGAGCGUCGACCUCCAUGGUGUUGGAUAGACCGAGAGACAGAGAAAUUUGAGAUGUGGGAACUAGUUACAGGAUUAGGGUGGAGGAUAGCUACCAUCAUUAUAUGUACUGCACUUUACAGUUUUGUACAAUUCUCGCUUUCAGUCCAGCAGGGAAAACCAGACGAAGAACAAAUUGAUGAGUUUGAGGAAGACUUGACACUUAGAAUACAGAAAGCAAACCGUAAAUUAAGACAUAUACCAUUGAUUUUUGUUGUACUAAAUGCAUGGGGUGCCUGGCAAGAAAUGGCGUCUGCCCUCUCCACAACGGCUAGUUGGCUUGUAUUGAUGCAGGUUAUAGGAGACCAUUCUCAGGCAUUCGUCAAUGUAAUUUUGUUGUGCUUCCUGUCAAAAGAUGUCCGUACAAAACUAAAUAUAAAAUGUCAAAGCAUCAGACAUUUGUUUUCAAAGAAAACAUCAGGACUUCGACCAUUGGAAUUAGAAGAACUCAGAUCAGAUAGCAAUCAAUUAAUGGAUGAAAUUGAACUAAAUGAAGAACAAGAUCAGGUGCAAGGUUGACAAAACAUCGGAUGAGUUAUCUUUCCAUACAAUGAAAAGAAACAUGAUGUCAACGUAAUUCUGACAAUUUGCUUGUACACAGUCCAUGAUAUGUAUAACAUGUUUGACACUGAACAAUCAAAUAAGCAAACAACAACCAAAAAAUCAACUAACCAGUGUACUCUACAAAUUAAUAAACUCAGUAUAAUAAGCAACAUAUGCAAGAUAAUUUUUAAAGGUGACUUAAAUUGUUCUGUAUACAAUUACAAGCUUACAAUAUUAUUUAAUCAUUUGCUUACCAAGCCUCUCAAAUAUAAAGUUUACCAAAGGAAGUUGAAUGGAACUCACCUGGUAUCCUUUGCCUCCACAUCAAAUUGCUAGUGCAAACUGCAAAAAUAUGGUGCUAGAGUUAUCAUUUUGGAACACUUUUCUAAAUUAAUUCUGGUCUAUGACCAUCAAUAAUUCAACCUCAAAAUGUUUAGAUCACCCUCAUAUUAGUUGUUGAGUUUAACAUUGAUGAGACAGCAACACAGAUACAAUAACCCUCCCAUCCAAAAAAUUUAAAAAAUAGAGGGCACUAUAUACAGUCUUUAGGUGGGGAAUAGCAGUGCAUAAUAGGUGGAGAAUAUUUUAAUAGGCCAGCAAAUUUUGAUGCAUAAAUGCAACUUAUAAACGAGAAUUGUCAAAUAAUGAACAAAUUAGAGUGAUAUCAGGUUAUUAUAACCCAUAUUAAUUCAAAGAUAAACUAUUUUUGAUAUUUAACCGUCAUAUAUUAAGGGGAGAUAACUCCCAGAAAAGGUUUUCUAUUAAAGGAAUCUGUAGGACAUUUUUCUAUUUUAUCUUAUAGCAGAUAAUUCAGUGAUACCCAUUUUUUCUUUUGAUAUUCUGAAAACAUUAAGAGCUUUCUUCUCAUAUUCAAUAUCAAA